UCAGAGAUAAAUGCCGAGGCUGAGGAGCUGUCUAAAGAAAUUGGAAUUCAGGUCGACACCAGAAACAACCUUUUUGCAAGAGAACAGCUUAUCACAAUUGCAAAAGUGCCCGAUGAGCAUGGUCUUGUUGUCCUCACAGGCAUAGGCUCUUUCGGGUUGUUCUACAACAUAACAGAACUUUACACAGAAAUGCGGUUGCGUCAAGGAACGCGAAGCUUAUCCUUAAGUGAUGAUGAUGCUGUGCUCCUCACAUACAUGAAGCUCUAUCAUGACUUAACAUUUUCUCUGUUGGCGGUGUUGUUUAGUGUCCACCGUACAACUGUGUCGAACAUUUUCAAGGAUUCAAUUGUAAUUCUAGCAAGCAUUCUUGAGCAUGCAAUUUUCUGGCCAACGAAGACUGCAGUUGUGAACUGUCUCACAAUGUAUUUCAAAGAAUACAAAGACACGAGGAUGGUGCUUGACUGCACUGAAUUAGAAAUUGAGCGCCCAAAAGACCUAGUGUCAAGGCUCCUAACAUACAGCCACUAUAAGCGCACGUACACUGCAAAGGUCCUGGUGUGUGAGACACCAGGAGGCUUAAUUAGCUAUGUAAGUAAGGCAUAUGGAGGGAAAGCACCUGACACAUACAUCACAAAGGAGUGCAGAGUUCUUGACAAGUGUAUUCCCCAUGUUGACAGUGUGAUGGUAGAUAAAGGCUUCCUAAUCGGUGAACUUUGUAAAGAAAAAAAUAUCAAAAUGAUCAGACCUCCAUUCCUUAUGGAAAAACAGCUCACUGCAGAGGAAGCUAGGAGAAACCAUUCCAUAGCAAUUGCCCGAGUACAUGUGGAGAGGGCUAUUCAAAGGAUGAAACUGUACCGCAUUUAA